AUGGAGGCAGCCCGAUCCGGAGGCAUCCUGGAGAACUACGGUCAUCCAGAAGACUUACCGGCACCACCAGGAAUCGAACACCUAGUCAAAGAUCCCAGCGAGCGUAUCACUGUGUAUCUGUUUGUUAGGCAAGAAUCGGAACUAGAACCAGAAGCUCGGCACUGGGCCGUGCUGUGGAUUCUUCCCUGGAGCUAUGCAGAACCAGGACAGGUGGUCGUACGGAUCCUCGAGAUUGUUCGAGAGGUCCUUCGUCCGCACCUCACGAAUUGGGGUCCGUUGACCAGAAUAAGAAGGGCGGAUUCUAUGGAGAAAGCAUUGAUCGCGAUCGGAGAGCUGUCCUUUGCCGAACGCCAGGCACUAGAGAAGAUCGCCAAGAAUACUCCUGUGUAUCGCCCGAACGGCGUCUACAACUGUCAGCAUUGGGUCAUCGAUGUCCUGUCCCAAGCGAUCCACGACGGUCUGCCAUUUGACCGAACGCCCAUCGAGGAAAUUCUGAGGGUGAACGGCAGACCUGAUCUGUUGUGGUAG